GUGCAGGUGUCGCUCCGCCUCCGCUCGGCAUACGAAACGACAGUUGGGUGAAAUCGUGGCAAAGUUGCAGAGAUUUGCACCCUCUGGGCUUCGGAUAUGGAUUACUUUCGCGUCGAUAUGACUUUUCGAAAUGCGUUUCGUCAAAGAAAUAUCGUAGAUGAGUCGAUAUGAUUUUUCGUAAAGAAGUCCCGAUAUCUGCCGACCGAGGGCGGUAGUGUAGCAUACGUUUAAUCGACCCUCAGUCGAGAGGAAGUGGGCAGCUACGUUAUCGACGCCAAACCAUGUAGACGCACAGUGUUUGGCCUCCGUCCUUUCGGCCACGUGUUCUUGCACGAGGUCUUCUCGUUUGAACUCUGACCUCACCGAGUGUAGUCGAUGGACCCACCCCGGUAACUUAAAGGAACCAGCCUCGUGUUGGUCGAACGUGUCGCGAGGUGUCCAGGUGGGAGGGGCCACUGUGAUAGACAGGUGUAGCCUUCCAUGUCCCGAGCCAGCAUGCGUGGCGUCGUGCCCCUUCCCUAUCCCCCACCUCCUCCCGGUUUAGCCCGGGGGGUGACAAACGCCACUAGUGUCUCACGUCCCAUUCUGUGUACCUUGCUAGGAGAUGGAGGCGACGCAACCACCAGCACCAGUGCACCGCCAGCGACCAGCACGGACCCAGGACCAGGGUGUGGGGUAUGUGCACGUGCGGUCACCAGCGUCUCAGCUGACGGCCGCCUCAUGAACUCGGGAGACCAAUCAGACAUCAGGUUGGGACAGCGUGGAACCCAGACCACGACGUUUCUCAUGGAUGUGAUGAGUACAAAUAUGCGAUGGGUGCUUGGAGAUGCUUUGAAGAGGUGCAUCUCAAGGUCAACAACUAGUAAAGUGGCUACUGUCAUCGAGCUCCUACUUGCCUCCAUCUCUUCAGUUUUCUACGGUUUCCCAUAAUUCACUUAGGCAGAUGCUGAAAUGGAUUCUCGAAAUCGGUCGUAAUGCCCCUUUAUCACGAUAAUGCCUAUAUACUAUUUCGUAAUAACUAGAUUAAACUCGUUUAAGGCAGGUAAAA